UCUACUUUGGCUAGUCUUGAGGAGUAUGUGAGUGCUAGGGAAGAGAGUAGAGCAAUCAGAGAGAAACUUAGUCAGUUGUAUGUGCAAGAGGGUGAGCUGGAGAAAGAACAUUACUGCCGUGCCCUAAGAUUGCCCAACAGAACACAUCCAUGUGUGCCCAUCGGAGAUAAGAACCAGGCAAGAGUUGUUGAAUUGGUUGGUCAGAAACGAGAAUUUGAUUUCAAACCAAAAGGCCACCUGCAAAUUGGAGAGAGACUUGACAUCAUAAGACAAAGACGGCUUGCCCAUGUGUCAGGGCACAGAUCAUACUAUUUGAGAGGUGUAGGGGCCAGCCUUCAGUUUGCCUUGCAAAAUUAUACCAUGGAUCUUCUUCAGAAACGGGUUAGCUAUUUCAUGGAUCAUGCUGUAAAUCUGAAGGAUUUACUUGUCAGAACAAUCUGGAGUAGCACAUGCUAUCGAGCUGAAACAGAUACAGGCAGAGAGGCCUGGGGGCUCUACAGAGUUCACCAUUCACCAGAGUUCACCAGUUCACAAGGUAAACAGAAAACAAGUGGAGAGGAGAGUUCCCAAAUGUUGGAUGAAUUUGUCAUGUUACAGAAGGAGAUUUUCACUUCCUUAAAACUUCAUUACAGAGUCUUGGAUAUGCCUACUCAAGAAUUGGGGCCUCCUGCCUUCCGAAAAUAUGAUAUUGAGGCAUGGAUGCCAGGACGUGGCAGCUUUGGAGAGAUUUCCAGUGCCUCAAACUGCACAGACUACCAGAGUCGGCACCUUAACAUUCUCUAUGAGGGAAAUGAUGGAAACCUUGAGUAUGCGCAUACGGUUAAUGCUACAGCUUGUGCUGUUCCACGUACUGUCAUCUCAUAAUUUGACAUCUCAUAAUUUGUUCCUGUCUUUUUGGGGUUCCUGUCUGUGUGUAAAUUAUUACCACUACCACAAAACAUCAGAAGGAGCAAAACAAAGUAGUACAGAUCAUAAUAAAAUUUGAUGAUGAUGUCAUGAAUGAUUCUAACAGAAAAAAAGUAUUUAAGAAAGUAAAGAAAGUAUUUGCAGCAGUAUUCAUAUCAUGCAGUUUGUCUCUUACUACUAUUGAGAAGACAGCAUGUUGGUAAACUUUCCAUUGCUAUCUUAAGUCUUUCUUAAGGCUUAAGAAAUCAUGGGAGCCAUUCCUUCAUCCCAAUCCCAAUCAUGGGAAAUCAUUCCUUGGCGCCGUGGUUUAGUUGGUUAAAG